AUGGCGGAAUUUGAUAUCUUAUGCUGUGACUCAACGAGGGCGAUCUCAGCGAAGAAGGGGAAGAAACAUUUUCACAUAAUAAUUUUGCGAAAUGUUCGUCGAAAAGUAUAUCUUGAGGAGGUGGUGGCGAGUUCAAGUGGUGGUGCUGUGCGAGGCGUGUGGUUCCCAGCGACGGCAGCAGCAGGCGGGCGUCAGGCACGAGGCGGCCGCCGCGCCCUCCUCUCCGACUCCUCAUCGUAUCUUAUAAUAUUAAUAAUAUUUUGUAUUUAA